UUAUAUUUUAUAAAAAAAAUGUUAUUGUUUUAAAUAAAAUAACUUUUUAGAACUGUGGCAAACAGUUAAAAUAAAACGCCGAGUUCUUGUUAUCUCAAACUAUUUACUAAUUGUCAGAAAUGUUUCUUUCAAGAAUAGUAAGAUCGGUAGCAGCUAGCAACCAUGUUAAAACCUGUUUGACGGCUGGAUCUCCUGCUUUAAGGAUACUAAACAAUAGGCUCAAGAGUGAUUUACAUGAACCCGACUAUCUGAUUAGCCUGGAACCUGAUGAGCCAGUUUAUGACUGCUUAAAUUUUCAAAUCAAAGGCUAUGACUACACCUUACUUGAGUCAUGUCAGAAAGAGAUCCACAGAUAUGCCGAAAUUAUGGGAAUUACUGUAGAUGAAUGCUGGGCGACACCUGCACAACAGCUUAAAGUCCAACGCUUUAAGCCAGCAAGUACAGCUGUAGAUUCAGAAUACAAUCUUCAGGUUUAUGAGAGAAAUGUACAGGUAACUGACGUGCCGGCCUGGGCUUUGGGUACGCUGCUGCGCGUGUCCCGGGCUCUCUUGCCAGAGGGCUGCACGCUGACCGUCCAUGAGCACCUGCCAGAGCACGAGGAGAUCCGCUACGUCCCCGACAACCAGCUGCUAGAGCUCAAGCAGCAGCUGGAAGACAUGGGCGGGAGUAGGGCCGACAAGAAGAAGAAGAAGUAAUAUUCCAAUGUCAUUGUAGUUUAGUAUUUUUUUAAUAUAAAUAAAUAUUAGGUACACACUAAACAAU